AUGACCUGCAACGCUGGCCACGUCCUGUCGUUCCUGCCCGCCGACGAGGCGGCGCGGGCCGCCGCGCUCUCGCGGCGGUAUCGCCACGUCUUCGCCCACGUGCACACCAUCUCCCUCGACGAGCCGGAGACGCAGCCGGACUCCGACGACGACUCCGACUACGGAUGCUGCUACAGCCCCGGCUACGGCCCGUGCCCCAACGUCAAGCUCGUCCCGCCCUUCGUCAACCGCGUCAGCGCCGCGAUCCUCGGCCGCCUCCGCCUCGGCGGCGGCGCGGCGGGCGUGCCGCUGCGCGCGCUCCGCGUCGGGUUCGACGAGUUUAGCGGCCGCCUGAACGCCGGGCUGGUGGACAUGUGGCUAUGCUACGCCGUGCAGCAGGCCGGCGACGAGUUCCACCUCGACCUGCGCCGGCCUCUGCCGCACCUGGCCACGCUGACGCUCGAGGCGUGCGCGAAGCUCACCGCGCUCUCGGUCCCGGACGCGCGCCUCCGCACGCUGGCGCUGCGCUGCUGCCACGACCUGGCCUUCGUCGUCGUCACCGACGCGUCGGAGCUCCGGGCAUUCGAGUACAGAGGCGCCGUCCCCGCCGGGCCUUCGUUCCUGACCCUGCACGGCGGCCCGCUCACGGUCUCGUCGUGCACCCUCGACUUCUGCGGCGAGGAAGCCAUGGACCCGUUGCACCUGGCUGGGCUCGGGGACAUGCUCCAGCUAUUCGUCGGCGUGGAGCGCUUGCAACUCACGUCCGCGCGCCUUGGUUGUGGUGCCGCCGCGCUAUUGCCGUCUGCGUUCCCCGCCUUCGCAAAGCUCCGGCACCUCGAGCUCACCGGUAUACUGCCCGAAGACGACGAUACCGCCAUUGAUGCGGUGGCCAGGAUCCUGGAGCGGACCCCGAACCUAGAGACACUGACUCUGUUCUUCAUGCCAGAGCCUGAGCCUGAGCCCAAAAAUAAGCAUUAUGGCCACCAUGGGGAGGAGCUCCACAUGGGCAUAUGCUCAAGUACGACGAGCACGCGUCACUCGUCGUGCUGGCCACUGAGCUCCCUUGCUUGA